GUUACGCGGUCUCAGUUGGCUGUCCGAUUACGGUUUGAGAGUGCCUCAGUGCCUCAGUGCCUCCCUUCCACAGCGGGUUAGCCUUAACUCGCGACGUGCCGCUUAAUAAGUUACUGGUUGCUCGCUAGUUUACGCCCAUGUUGUGUGGGGAUGUCGCGUAUCCCUGAGCUGCCUGUGAUCGGUGAAUGCUUUGAAAAUCUAAAUCCUAUUAGCGAUAGCUGGACUAGCGAAGGCGGGGCAUAUUUUCGAAGUUGUCGUGAAUAGGAUACACUGGAAAAUCUUCGGACGGCAUUGCAAGCGUGUUCGUAUGGGUGUGUUUGUUUACUUCUAAGGGAAUGAGUGGAGUGCUGUGAGAUAGGCAUGGAUGUUCUCACCAUCCUCACUACUACUUUCACUGCCAAUACAAUAAUAUAAUCCACCACCACUAAGUUAUUGCCCCGUCGUAGCCAUGCUGUCGCUGAAGAAGGACUCCACUAUCUCGUCCAAAGUCUCAGAGUACGACAACGUUCCCGUGCUGCCAGCGAAUUACCACAACUAUGUCGCUGGCCCCUUCCCGGUUCCUCUGUUCGACACGCAGCCCGAACCAUCACAACAACUCAGCCCUGUUUCCUCCUCCUCCCCCACUUCUCCCGUCUCUCCAACACACUCCUACCAGGAAAGAAAGUCUCCCCCGCCAGUACCUCGGCCGCUACAGUUCCCGACGGAGGGAAAUCAGAAUGAGUUCGAUGUCUUGGAGGAAAAACAGCAACGAGAACAAAGAAAGCCUCCCUCACCAGCACUUCCCUCGUAUCAAUUUCCGGUGGAGGAAAGUCAGAUGGGUGUCGAUUCAUUGGAUGGAAGGCAUCAGCAGCAACAAAAACAAAAACAGUAUGAGAGCAGCCUAGACCACCGUUUAACCGUACAGCAUCGUAAACUGCCUCAGCAGCAGCAGGGACAGUCGAGGCGGGAUGGACUGGCGGCGGAGUGUGCUUCAGGACGCAGCGCCUCGAUACGUCCUCAUGAGCAGGAGCAGCACCACACCAAGCCUCGGUGAGUAGCACGCUCCUUGUAGUAAACCUAAAUAUCAGCAGACUUUUCUUGGAUUUCUUUUUAUCUAU